AUGGAAAUUCACCAAGAUGCGGCUCAUCCCAGAUCUGUUUCCCACGCAUUUCAACGACCAUUCCUUCAACGCUCUCAAGAAUUUCAUAUUAUUUGCGAACCAUUACUUGAUUGUAUAAUGGGUCAACAUGUAAAAGAUGGUAAAAAUAGUGAUGAAGAUCCUUUUGAGCAUUCAAAUCCUAAUUUAAUCAUGCCAAAAGUUUUAUCUAUCUUUGACGAAGUUUGGAAAACCCAUUAUGAUGAAUCCUCGAAUAAAUCAAAACGAGUACUUUAUCAUGAACAUGCAGGUCUUCUUCUAAGUGCUAUAUCAGGAACUUCUUUUUUAACAAAUCCUCAAUUUUUGGAAAUGACACACACAUUCUUAAUCCGUAAUCCUGAAAAAUCUGUAAAAUCUUUAUAUAAAGCUGCUAACUUCAUAAUUAAAACUGACUUCAAUAAAAGUCGAGUAGGAUUAAGAGAAUCCAAACAAAUUUUUGAUUUAUUAAAAGGCUUAAAUAAACAACUUAUUGUUGUGGAUGCUGAUGAUUUGAUUAACGAUCCAGAAAGAGUUUUGAAGAAAUAUUGUGAGUUAAUUGGAGAGGAAUAUAAAGAAGAAAUGAUUCAUUGGGAGGCAAAACCUGUUAAUGAGUGGAACGUAAGGAACGCCACUGACGCAAAACUUAUGAUCCAGUAA